UCGCAGGAAAAUGAACAAGUAGUUGCGAGAACGGAAUCAGGAAAUAAUGGUGGAUCCAAUUCUGGCAGUGAACAGAAUACUGUUGGCUCUCUCACUGCAGAAGAACCCAAUGCUAAUAGUGUAGAACAGAAGUCUGAAAAUACACCAACUUCCCCCAACGAGAAUAGUACGCAAGGUACUAACGAUGCAGGCAACAGUAGUGCUGUUCAGAUUCAAGGAAGUACAGACAAAGAAUCUGAACCUGAGAAUGGCACUACACCCAAUACUAAUGAAGAAUCAAUCACCACCACCACCACUACAACAACAACACUUCCUCCUGAACUCACAAACAACAAGAAGGGUGAUGCAGACAGCAGCAGCAGUAUCAGCAGUUCUGUGUGGGUGCGUGUGCCACUACUGAUUGUGGUUACACUGGCCUGUAUUCUUGUGUGCUGCUUAUUGUAG